AUGCCUGCCUUUUGUCCAAAAUGCGGCAAGACAUUUGUCUCUGAGGUGCGGGUCGUCAAACAUCUCAAUGGUCGACAAUCCCCUUGCAGCGGUUGGCUCUCAGAGCUUGCCAGUAUGGUUGCUGCCAUGGAUGUUGCUGAUUGCGCUGCUGGGCAGACUCAAGAUGGACCGACACUUGCAGGGAUCGGAGAUGAUAUGGAUAUUGAUUGGGCUGCUGAUUGGGACAAGUACCCCGAGGUGUCCUCAUGUCCAGACACCGCCCGAACAAACCCAUUACUUCUAGCCGAGGACUUGUUUCCAGGUGCCGGAAAAACAUACGGUCAAGCACCCACAUUUAUGGACACUUUUGAUGCCGACAUCCAUGCCGAAAAGCGAGUUGACAACAUAUUCUACCCUUUUGCGAACAAGGACGACUGGGAGAUGGCCUCUUUUCUCCUCCGAUCUGGUCUGUCUGUUGCAAAAACGGACGAGUUUCUCUCAUUAAAUUAUGUCAAAACUCGACCAUUUUCGUUUCGCACAAUGAAAGAUCUCCGUGCAAAGAUCGAGCUGCUACCGGAAGCUCCUCGUUGGACGUCUGAGCCCAUAUCUCAGCCCGGAUACCCUACAAAGCAGCCGAUGACAUUGUUUCGGAGGAACAGUGUUCUCUGUCUUGAAGCACUGUUCUCAAACCCCCUCUUUUCAAAUAGCAUUGACUAUGUGCCUCGACACGUCUACCAGAGCGCAGAGAGGCUUGUUCGUGUUUUCAGCGAGUACAUGACUGGCGACCGUGCUUGGGAUGUUCAGUCGACACUACCCGAGGGCGCAACGUUACUUGGCGUUAUUCUCUCGUCAGAUAAGACAACGCUCACUGCUGGAACAGGCAAUCGAUCGGCUCACCCGCUCCUUCUUUCGCUUGCGAAUCUCUUUGCCGGCACUCGCAUGAAAGCGUCAAAUCAUGCAUUCUUACUCCUUGCCCUCCUUCCCAUUCCAAAAUUUCUAUGCGCCAAAAAUCUUCGCGGGACGUUGGAGAGCCGAGUAGUUCAUCAGUGUCUGAGCAUCGUCACUGAGGACUUGAAGAUAGCCGCAAGAUAUGGCCGUAUGAUGACAGAUCCUCGUGGCUAUUCGCGUUUUUGUUUUACUCCUUUAGCCGCAUAUAUCAUUGAUAACCCAGAAGGUCAGCUACUUGCUGCUGUGGGCGGAAAGUCUUCACCGGUCACGAUUGUGUCAUCAAAACAGCUCGGCGAUCCCUUCCGUCACCUUUCUCGGACUGCGUCAGUUACGCUGGCUCAGAUUCAAGACUUGAACAGCCGUGUUAAUCCACAGGAUCUUGAGGCAUAUGUACCAGCUGCGAAGGCUGCAAAAUUGAAUGGCGUAGACUCCCCUUUUUGGUUGGACUGGGCACGGUCUGACCCCUCUCUGUUUCUCACGCCGGAGCCGCUCCAUCAAUGGCACAAACAGUUCCUUGAUCAUGACGUUCAUUGGUGCCGAAAUACCAUUGGUGAUUCCGAAUUGGACUUUCGCUUUUCCAUCAUCCAGCCACAAGUCGGAUUUCGACAUUUCGAAAAUGGUGUCUCCACAUUAAAACAGGUCACUGGCAGAGAACAGCGCAAUAUACAGCGUUAUUUUGUUGCUUGCAUCGCAGGAGCUGUUCCACCUAGCUUUCUUGUCGCAAUCCGUGCUCUGAUGGACUUUCGGUACCUUGCUCAAGCCCCCCAGAUUGACGAGGUAAUCAUACGUCGAAUCUCGGAUGCGCUAGCUGAAUUUCACCAUCAUAAACAUGCUAUCGUUGAUGCCGGCGCAAGACGUGGCAAGUGGAAGGCGAUCAUGCACUGGAACAUCCCUAAACUUGAGCUAAUGCAGAGUGUUGUACCGAGUAUCAGAGCGAUGGGAGCGCCAAUGCAAUGGACUGCCGAUGUCACAGAGCGCGCGCACAUUGAAGUUGUGAAGGAGCCAUUUCGCGCAAGCAACCAUCGUGAUUUUGACUCACAGAUUUGUCGUGCUAUGGAUCGCGCAGAGCGGCGUCGUCAUUUUGAUCUUGCAACUUCUAUCAAGUCCGCGGGAAUUGACCUUGCCGCUGUUUUCAGUAGCAGCCAUGUGUCAGAGGAUUCUGGUCAUGACUCUGAUGACGACAAGCUCGAUGAUGAUGAAAACCUUUGGAAAUCAGUGAUUAAUCCUGUAGAGAACUUGACCGGCCCUCGUCGACGUUGUACGGACCUGUUUGCAAAGGCAGCAAUCAUUCUUAUGUGGAAAUCUUGGAUCGACACCACCAGCGGCUCUCCUCGCACCUUCAUGACGCCAUCUACCGCAUUUCACCUUAAUCGUACACCAUGCUUGUCUGCAGUCUCCGUGGAUGAUCUCGCCAGUUCCUUCCAGCUUCCAGACCUUCGACCUGCCCUUGCGGACUAUGUGCUGCGGCUCCAGGCUGGACAGCAAGUGCAUGCUAUCGGUGGACGUCGAAUUUCACAACCAAAUUGCCUGCUUCCUUUCUCGCAUGUUGACGUUUGGACACACGCUUAUGUGCAGGUCAAGCCCUUGCGAGGGCAUGAGAUGUCAAAUCCUUACAAUAUUCAAGCGAGUCCAAGAUCGGCAGACUGGCCAUUCGGCAGGCGUGACACCGCGCUUAUUGCCAACACAAGUGAUGCCAUUUGGCCUCCUUUAUCCACAAUGGAAGGUCAUUCUAUUGUGUCAAUUUGCCUUAUCUUCCGUCUGAUCUUCUCCACGGGGCAGUCGCAGCCACACCCACACCCAUACCUCAUGUACGGCCACCGCUUUGAUAUUGUUCCACAAACGUCAUUUGCAGCUUCCGGGACAAGCCACCUGUCACCUGAGGCGAGCUUGGGAAUGUACAUCGUGAAGCGUGCCGUUCGUGCGGACAGCUCGCUGCUUGGUGAUGUUAUUCCACUGUCUCAGAUACGUACACCGGUUCAACUGAUUCCUCGUUAUGGAGCCAAGGCUGAUCCUCGCUUGACUGCCCAGAAUAGCUUCCAUUUCACUCGCGAAUUUUUUGUUAAUAAGUAUGCUAACCGGGAGAUCUACAACCUGCUGACUUAG